UGAUAAGAACGCGGAACGCGAUACUUCACCUAAUAAGUAAUCGAUCGCUGUAAGCAAUAGCAGGUAACACUGGCACAGGUGUAUGUGGAUUGAUAAAUAAAACUGCUGCCUGAAUACAUAUAAUAUAAGGAAAGAAAAAUUAUCGAUCGAUGUUUACUUUAACACGUACAAGUAUGGCAAAUUAACGAUGUUAUCAUAGAAACAUAGAAAAUAAAAAUCAAAUGAUACAAUACAUACAAUAAUAUAAUUACAUUAUAUGAUUAAACAAAGCUUAACUGAUAAACAUGCAUGGAGUACGAAUAAUUGUAGCAAUAUUUUCUCUUAUAUUGAUUUUUAAAGUAAUAAAAAGCCAUAAUGUGGAAAAAUAUUCUUUUUUGAUGCCAAAUGUGCAACCAAAUAUUUGGAACAAAAAUUCUGCACAUAACAGUUUCCAUCUGAAGAUUUAAAUGUUCAACAGAAGAAUGUCGGAAUUAAGACAAAGUCAACAGUUAUUCACAGGUAUUAGUUUCUUUUUAGUUUACUACGGAUGGUACUAGAUUUCAACAGUUACGUUAAUUAGAUUCUAUUAUCAAGUGGCGCGGUAGCGCCACGAACGCGAGUUUGAGAAGCAGACAAAGCCACGGAGCCCAUGCUACUAUUUACUUCUAUGUUAAGCCUGAGUUAUAUCUAUGUACACCAGUUAAAGUAAACACAAUAGAUACUUAUUACAUCGUUGGGUUCGAACCGAAUGCCACAAUGGACACGGCACAUCAUAUAAUUUUAUAUGGCUGUUCUAAACCAGGUAGUUCUAAACCGUUAUGGAAUUGUGGAGAAAUGUCUUAUUCAAGUGAUACAUCUAUGACCAUUGCAAGUCCGUGCGAAGACGAUUCUGAAAUUAUUUAUGCGUGGGCUAGAGAUGCUCCAGCGCUUAUACUUCCUGAUGGAGUUGGAUUUAAAGUUGGCAAAGGUUCUCUUUUAAAAUAUUUAGUGCUACAAGUACAUUAUGCACACAUUGACCAGUUCAAAGAUGGAAGUACUGAUGAUUCUGGUAUUACUUUACAUAUUACAAAACAGCCUUUAACAAAGUUAGCAGGAGUAUACGUUCUUGGAACUGGUGGUGGUAUCCCACCUAACAGUAUCGAAAAUAUGGAAUCAUCUUGUAAAAUAUCAGAAAACAAAACUCUUUAUCCAUUCGCAUAUAGAGUGCACACGCAUAGCUUAGGAAAAGUGGUAUCUGGUUAUAUAAUAAAAAAUAAUGAAUGGAUAGAACUUGGGAAAAGAGAUCCACUCACACCACAAAUGUUCUAUAAUAUUAACUAUAAUGGUACAAUUACAUAUGGUGAUAGGCUAGCUGCUCGAUGUACAAUGAAAAGCGAAAGAGAUAAGUGGACUUAUGUUGGAACUACAAAUAACGAUGAAAUGUGUAAUUUUUAUCUAAUGUAUUAUGUUACGGAUGAUGAGCCUUUGUAUGAUAAAUUUUGUUUCAGCAUGGGUCCACCUAGGUAUUAUUGGAGAAAAGAUGGCUUAAUAAACAUUCCUGAUUCAGAGGCUUCUACUCUUUAGACUGUUCUUCUUUAAUUUCGCUAUAACUGUACCCAAAUAAUAUUGUGUUUGUUUGUAAGAUCAAAGAUAAUUGUAUAAAAUAAUAAGGCGUGCACAAAUCAAAAUUA